AUGGGGGUACAAGCCCUGCCUACGAAUGUACAUGGGCCAUUCCCCAAGGGAACGCUGGGACUCAUUUUGGGGAGAAGUAGUACCAUUUUGAGGGGAAUCCAAGUUCAUCCCGGGGUGAUUGAUGCGGACUAUCAGGGAGUCACGCAUGAUGUGACUGUUAUCCCCCAAGGAGACCGCAUUGCCCAACUGCUUCUAAUACCUACAGUUACUACCUCUAACCCCACGAUACGUGCUGACAGAGGCAGCGGGGGCUUUGGAUCUUCCGGCCCUGCAGCUUUUUGGGUAGCCCGCAUGAACGAGAGGCCAUGCUUGAAAUUAACUAUUGAGGGUAAACUAUUUAGUGGAAUAUUGGACUCUGGGGCUGAUGUCUCCGUCCUGUCCUUAUAGGCAUGGCCCAAGAAAUGGCCGUUGGAAGCCAGUACAGCCACUCUGCAGGGUAUAGGACAAGCCAGUCCCAACAAGAGUGCCAAAAUAUUGAAAUGGCAGGAUGCUGAGGGCCAUAACGGCUAUUUUCAGCCUUAUGUCCUUUCAGACCUGCCUGUGAACCUCUGGGGAAGAGACAUUCUUCAGGAAAUGGGGGCUGUUUUAACCACUCACCCUGUGACACCCCCCGCUGCCCAAAUUACGCAGUGCCUGGGGGGGGGGAAACUGGGACGAGGGUCGGGAAGGAGUCUGCAAGGCCGGUCACAACCCCUAACGCCAGAAGAGCAAGUUACCAGACUGUCAGGGGACCGACGUGGUUUGGGCCAUUUUUAAUCAGGGUCACUGUUCCGGAGCCUGCCCCUCCCUAUAACUUGGAAAUCAAAUAAGCCAAUUUGGGUGGAGCAGUGGCCCUUAACUCAGGAAAAACUGCAGGCCGCUCAUAAUCUAGUUCAAGAACAGCUGCAGGCUGGACACAUUGUUCCCUCCACUUCGCCUUGGAACACACCUGUCUUUGUUAUAAAAAAGAAAUCUGGGAAAUGGAGACUGUUGCAAGACCUCAGGGCUGUUAAUGAGAUCAUGGAGCCUAUGGGCCCACUUCAGCAGGGACUACCCAACCCCUCCGCCAUACCCCAAGAAUGGCAUAUCAUCAUAGUAGACUUAAAGGACAGCUUUUUUAAUAUUCCCUUGGCAAUGCAGGACUGUCCUCGCUUCGCCUUUAGUCUUCCAUCCGUAAAUUUUAAGGAGCCAGCCUUGAGAUUCCAUUGGGUGGUGCUUCCACAGGGCAUGGCAAAUAGUCCCACCAUAUGCCAAACUUAUGUUGCUGCUGCUUUAGAGCCAGUCUGCCACCGUUUCCCACAAUUGUACAUUGUCCAUUAUAUGGACGACGUGUUAUUAUCUGGACCCGAUCAGCCACAAUUGCUCCAGGCUUAUGCCCAAAUGCAACAAGACCUAGAAAGGGUAGGACUCCUCAUAGCACCAGAAAAGGUCCAGAUGCAGGCCCCUUACUCCUAUCUUGGCUACAGAUUAGGAUCCGGUAAUGUAAGGCCACAAAAAUUGACUCUAAAUACUUCUUCCUUGCAAACUCUGCAUGAUUGGCAACGGUUUUUGGGAGAUGUUCAAUGGAUGCGCCCCUUUCUUGCCAUUACAACCAAUGACCUGAGGCCGCUGUAUGAGAUACUUGCGGGAAAUCCAGAUCCCACCUCUCCCCGGGCCUUAACACCUGCAGCUAAACAAGCCCUAAGACUUCUUACAGAUAGUAUCGAAAACAUACACCUCCAUCAAAUUGACUAUAGCCUCCCGUUACAAUUCAUCGUGCUUGCUUCGAAGCUUGCCCCUACAGGAGUCUUUUGGCAAAAGGGACCUAUAUUAUGGGUGCACAUGCCCAUGUCCCCCGCUAGAGUGGUUACCCCUACUAUGAAGCAGUCUUACAACUACUGUGGUGGGCGAUUAGGAUUGCCACGCAAACAUUUGGCAUACAGCCUGGCAUAG